UCUGCAAUUAUAGUGGAAUCUACUGUCUACUAUGUUUUCCCUUUCUAUCCAAAAAAUUAAAUUUAUUAAUCUAAUACUGUGUGGUUUUUGAUUUAAUUUAAAUUUGAAUUUUUAGACCUAUGUUUUGCCAGUGAUCUUUAAUUUAUUUCGAUCUUGUGAGAUGUUAUGUGCCAAAUAUGUGCUGUUCUAAUAUUUGUAAUGUAGUGGUGCAAAGAGCUUUCAGGGUUGAAAUUGUUUUAAGCAUAAUACUGCAGUUUUUGCAUUUUCAGUAUAUAUUUUGUAGUGAUUUUGAACACAAUGUUUUUUUGGAACCGUACUUAUGUGAAAACCACACUACUUCAUGUGCCCACCAGGUAGCAUCCAAUGAUUCUGACGAUGCUUGCAGGAUCACAUAUUAUCCACGGGACUCUGAAGCAUGUCAGUCCUCCGAGUUUAAAGGAGACAGUGAUAUGGAGGAAGAGAUUGGGAAGUUGAAAAUUACUUCGUAUUUAAUUACUGAUACAGAUGAUGGUCUUCCGAUACCUGCAUUUAAUCUGUCCUUUACGAAUAUCAAGUGGUCAAGAGCACGGAUAAGAUUUGUGAGAAAGUCGGUGACAAAGAAUGAAGUGAUGACACCACUGCCUGAGGCCUGUAGGGAGUUGGAGAUGCCGAGACAACGCUCGGAGAGUGCCAGCCUGUACCUGGACUGUCUCUGGUCGGACCGCACUUAUCAGGGCCACAUCUACCAGUUCCAGUACAUCGCCACUCCGCCCGACGGGCCGUCUAGAGCUUUCAAAUAUGCAUUUUUUGUUCCAAAUGGUCUGCAAAGAACACUGACUGUGCCGAUGGCGGAGUACCAGUUGUUCAUGGUGGUGGAUGUGUCAUCGUUGCCACUCAUACGUCUGCGCCUUCAGGUGGCACCACCACGCUACAACAUCACGCGCUACCGCGUGCAGCUGUGGCGAAGCUCCCGGCAGCCGGACGGCAACUCGUGGGUGGUCCAUUCCCAGAUCCUCACAACCCCCCCUCACACACCUCCCGACACAGUGCUGGUUGUCGCCUACAACUCUGAGUACAAGCCGGGCGUCUACAACUUCACCGCCCUGCCCAUCCACCCCCACUGCACCGAACACAACCCUUGCACUCUCUCUAGGGCCCCGGAGGUCUUGAUCGUUGCCAGCCCUGAGAUGCCACUGCUGAUAGGCAUUGUGGGAACAGUGAUCCUCAUUCCUGUCUUCCUUACAGCGUACUUCAUUUGGAGAAGAUCCUGUGCCCAGAAACCUACAGGUGAUGAACCUCGCCUUCCACCCAAGGUUCUGCUCAUCUACAACCCCAACUACCCUUCGCAUGUUGAUGACAUGAUCGAAUUCCACCACUAUCUGAAGAAAUCCUGUCAUCUCGACCCACUGUUUGACCUAUUCGCCAUCCCCAACACUGACACUAAAUGUGCUUCUGAAUGCCCCAAGGAUCCCACGAGAUGGUACAUGAAAGCGUUUAACGAGGCAGACUUUAUCUUGGUGUUCGCAUCGCCGCCUGGCCCCGCAGGCCCGCAGCCCCACAAGCUCAACACGUACCUGCACCUGGACCGGAUAGCCCUGAAGCAACUACAGUACCGUCUGGCACUACCCCGGCCCCGCUGUCCUGCUGUCAGUGUCCAGCUGCCAGGCUGCUCUUGGGAGACUCUACCAGAGGAGGCCAAGUCUCUUUCCAGGUAUGCCCUGCCACGUGAUCAAGAUCCGAUGUUGGUGUUUCUGGGGACGGCUCCGAUGUGCGACCACGGGGAGUCACUACUGGCCGCUCUCAACAUUCCAAAACAGAAACCUCCCUCGGCCUUUCCCUUGUUCAAUCCCUGCACCACCUCGACCGCCGGAGCCACCACGACCACCAUCGCCCAGGUCAGUGACGGUUCCGCUAACACUCUGGCCGAGGUGCCGCGAGAACUGUCCGCUCACACCAUCUCUGCGGAGUGCUGAUACUUUCCUUAGUGCCUGCAGGCCGAACAGUGUCAUAGCAUAGUGUGCCUCUAAGGCUACGACUCGUAGUCCAGUCGUGUUUGAAAGGCAACUUUUGGUAGUUUUAGAAUUGCCUUUCCUAGUGCCAGAGGUUUUUUACUUUGUGAAGAAGCUAACGUAAGGUAUAAGAGGGUUGUCGGAGUCGAGCUGUUGUUUUAUCUCCAUAUUUGUCUCUCAGAGAGUGAUCGGUUAGUUUGACGUAAAUAGCGAUUAUAGUGGGUAGACGGUAGUUCACUAGGGCUCACCACAGUUUUUACUAUACAAUAAUUACUGUAAUUAGAGGGUGUAUAUACACGCGAGUAGCUUUAUUUACCUGCACUGGGAAGUAUUGUUUUCCAUUGUUAAUUGAAGUCCGAAGUUGGAUCAGCCAAAGUACGUUAUAAAUGACUCCUUAUAGUAAAAAGACAUUAGAAUCAUUGUAAACUAGAAUGGUAGAAUAGUUUUAAAGAUAAAAUCAUUAACAACAGCAUUUGAUAACACAAAUAACUUUAUAUUACUUAUUUUAUAUUUUUUUAAUAUUAUUUUUUACAUUAUAGCCUAUAUGUUUAAUUUAACUAUCUAUAAUUUGGUUUAUCAUUCAAUAAAUACUAAUUAAUGCAUAUAACAUAUAUUUAAGAGAUAUUAGUUUAUUUUGCAUAUAAACAAUAUGAAGAAAAAAACAGGUUGAUUUAUAUUUUUGUAAUGUUCUCAGAGAUGUAUCAGAGUUCUGUUACAUUUUAAACAAAAUAUCUUCCAGUUUAGAUCAGAUUAUUAAAAUUUAUUUUGUAAGUGUUUUUAUGGAUAAAUCUUAAAGUACAUUUUGAAUGAGAAGAAUAAUGGAAAUUUCAGAAACUACAGUUUUGUAUUUUCAGGAUCUUUAUCAACCUAAGAUAUGCUAUUUUGUAGAAUGCACCAACAUGGUUACCCUCGUUUAAAAAAUAUGACUGUAACUAACAAAAUAAUGUAUUUUUAUUUUUAAGAGACGAGUCUUAACAUAGAUUUUAUAGUUCUCUAAAUAUCUCUCCCACCGGUUGUUAUGGAUUCGUUCUAUUAUUCGACACAUUCCUGUAAAAUAUUUGCAUUGCUUUUAAGAACAUUAAGUAGGAACAUACUGAACCUCAUUAAAAAAGUUUUCCAUAAUAUCUGUAAUCAGUAUUUGCAGGCAAAAGUGCUGCAAUAGAUAAGAUAAUAUCAAUUUAAGAGAUUGAGAUUAAGAGAUUAAGAUCAAUUUAAUUUACAAGGGAGAGAUAAGACCAUAUUUUUCACUGUGGUUUUCUUAACUAUCUAUAUUUUUUAAGUUGAUUUAAAUAAUUAUAUUGCAGAUCAGUAAAUCAUAACAAAUUAAGAAGAUUAAUAUACAGAUAUAAUAUGUACCGUAUUCAUUUUUUGAAUAGGAAACCGUGAAGCAUAGUAUGCUAAUGACAUAUUAGUUGUAAUAUGAUAAUUUUAAAAAAUAUUCUUUUAUUUUUUGUUUAUUGAAUAUGAAGGGAAAAAAUUAUUCGUCUUAGAUGAUUUUUUUAAAAUUUUGGAUUUAUAAGUACUUUACUUUUAUGUGUAUGCCUUAAGUACCUGUAUCAGUUUCAGUAUUAUUAUUAUAGUUUGGAUGUUUCAGUUUAUUAGUGUUAGAUUUAUAGUGGAAAAUGUAGGUUUAAGUUAUGUUAACAGAUUGCAACAAACUAUUAUGACAGCUUAUCGUUCGUAAAUGUUCAAUUGUGUGUUUUAUGUUUAGGCUUGAAGCAGUUAAGGUUUUAGUAUUCGAAGUAGUUUUUGUUUUAAUAAAAAUAUUGUUUACCUUA